UAGCGUCAGAAAUUGUCUAAUCUCUCUCUCUCUCAAUAAAAACCCAAAACCCAAUAUCUACUUCCAAAACUUUUCCCCCUUCAUUCUCUCAUACAUUCUUCUCUAUAUAUAUUUCUCUCCCAAUCUUUGUCUCAUUCCUCCAUUGUGCUGAACCAUUCCCCACCAAGAAGCCACAUCUCUGAAAAUGCCAUCAGAGUCCGGGGAGAGGCGCGUUGCGAGACCCCAACAAGUGGGUGGGCAUCCGCCGCAGUCUGAGCACCUUCCAUGUCCCCGCUGCGACUCUACCAACACCAAGUUCUGCUACUACAACAACUACAACCUCUCUCAGCCUCGCCACUUCUGCAAAUCCUGUCGCCGCUAUUGGACCCAGGGAGGCACUCUCAGGAACAUCCCCGUUGGUGGUGGUACUCGCAAGAACUCCAAGCGUUCUCGCACUGCUACUUCUUCCUCUUCAUCUACCCUAGAAACGACGCCCGCCAACCCCAUUUCCGUCUCGCCAGUCCUGAAAGCCGAAACGGAGACGCCGCAACGGAAUGGAUUGAGUCUGAAUGGGGAUGUGUCUGGGGGUUUCACCUCACUGCUCAACUCUCAGGGACCUGGGUUCCUUGCGCUGAAUGGGUUCAGCCUAGGGCUUGGACCAGGGUUCGAUGAAAUGGGGUUCGGACCUGCGAAAGGGGUUUGGUCUUAUCCAGAUGUCGGUGAUGUUGUUCUUGGUGGCGAUGGCACUGGCAGCGGCGGUGGUUCGGCGUCGUCUUCUAUAUGCAACACGUGGCAGCUAAGCGGCGGGGAAGUCGGAUUCGUUGAUGGAGAUUGCUUUGCUUGGCCAGACCUCGCGAUUUCCACGCCUGGACAAGGUUUGAAGUGAAUGGCUUUUAGCAUUUACUGGGAAAAGUUUCUCUCCUUCUUUUCCUUAUGGUGGAAUUUUAAUUUCCUGGUUACACAAUGAGUUUCAGCUGUCGUUUUCUAUUUCUUUUUGGUUCCCGUUGCUUGGUGGUAUAGAUAUUAGACUACAGAUUACAGGGUAGAUGACUCAGAUGAGAGUGUACCUUGGAUAAUGUUACUUUCGAUCCAUGUUUAGGGUUUUGUUGCCUGUAUGUUCUGUAAAUGUUGAAGUCUCUGUUGAAAAUAUCGGUGCAAGAAACUUGAGAACAA